GGAUCCCGCCGGUGUCGCUCGGAUGCUGGCUGGACGAGUACACAGAUCCCAACGCUCCCGUGAACGGGUCGGACGGAGCCUCUCGCAGUGAACUUCCUCCCGACAGGACAUGGCCGAGUGUCCGGCUUCAGCCGACGACAGCUCCGCGGCGAACGGGCGCGGGCAGAAGCCCAGGAGGGUGGCAGUCAUCACCGGCAUCACCGGGCAGGUGAGCGGCGUCUUUGUGGCGAGCUUCCUUCCCGACAAGGUGUUAAUGGUCCACGGGAUCCUGCGCCGCUCCAGCUCCUUCAACACAGGUCGCAUUGAGCACCUCUACCAGAACCCUCAGACGCACACAGAAGGAAACAUGAAGCUCCACUACGGAGAUCUGACAGACAGCACGUGUCUGGUGAAGAUCAUCAACCAGGUGAAGCCCACGGAGAUCUACAACCUGGGAGCCCAGAGCCACGUCAAGAUCUCCUUCGAGCUGGCGGAGUACACGGCCAACGUGGACGGCGUGGGGACGCUGCGUCUGCUGGACGCCGUCAAGACCUGCGGCCUGACCAACAGCGUGAAGUUCUACCAGGCGUCCACCAGCGAGCUGUACGGCAAGGUGCAAGAGAUCCCUCAGAAGGAGACCACGCCCUUCUACCCCCGCUCCCCUUAUGGGGCCGCCAAGCUCUACGCCUACUGGAUCGUGGUCAACUUCAGAGAAGCCUACAACAUGUUUGCCGUCAACGGGAUCCUGUUCAACCACGAGAGUCCUCGGCGAGGUUCCAACUUUGUGACCCGUAAGAUCAGCCGCUCGGUGGCCAAGAUCCACCUGGGCCAGCUGGAGAGCUUCAGCCUGGGCAACCUGGACUCUAAGAGGGACUGGGGCCACGCCAGGGACUACGUGGAGGCCAUGUGGCUAAUGCUGCAGGAGCAGGAGCCGCAGGACUUCGUCAUCGCCACCGGCGCCGUCCACAGCGUGAGGGAGUUUGUGGAGAGAGCCUUCGCCCAUGUGGGCAAGACCAUCGUGUGGGAGGGGCAGGACGAGCGCGAGGUGGGCCGUUGCCAGGAGACCGGAGUGGUGCAUGUCCGAGUGGACCCCAAGUUCUUCCGCCCCACAGAAGUGGACUACCUGCAGGGCGACAGCAGCAAAGCCUUGCAGAGGUUGGGCUGGUCGCCCAAGGUCACGUUCGAGGAGCUGGUGAAGGAGAUGGUGGACGCUGACGUGCAGCUGAUGAAGAAAAACCCAAACGCAUGAAGGUUCCUGAUGAAGUCUCUCCAUUCUCCUCCUCUCCUCUCCUCUCCUCUCCUCUCCUCUCCUCUCCGCUCCUCUCCUCCCCUCCCCUCCUCUCCUCUCCGCUCCUCUCCUUCUCUCCUCCUCUCCUCCUCCUCCUCUCCUCCUCCUCUUCCUCCUCCUCCUCUCCUCUCCUUCUCUCCUCCUCUUCCUCCUCCUCCUCUCCUCUCCGCUCCUCUCCUUCUCUCCUCCUCUCCUCCUCCUCCUCUCCUCCUCCUCUUC